CCAAUGACAUUAAUUGACGUUUGGUUUAGUUUCAAAAUUCAACGUACGGGGCGCUAGAAUCGGACAUUUUCUUUUUUGUUGAUACUCUUUGUCAAACAUGGGUAUUGACAUCAAUCACAAAUACGACCGUAAGGUCAGGCGUACUGCCCCAAAAAGUCAAGAUGUAUAUUUACGCCUCCUCGUGAAGCUCUACCGUUACUUGGCUCGUCGUACUGGAGCGAAAUUCAACAAAAUCAUCCUGAAAAGAUUGUUUAUGAGCAGAAUAAACAGGCCCCCAAUUUCUCUGUCCAGAUUGGUCAGACACAUGAAAAAACCAGGCCGCGAAGGGCUCACGGCAGUCAUUGUAGGCACAGUCACCGACGAUUCCAGGAUCUUUGAAGUCCCCAAAUUGACCGUGUGCGCUUUGAGAGUCACCGAAAAAGCUCGCGCUAGGAUUUUGAAAGCAGGCGGUGAAGUAAUCACUUUUGAUCAGCUAGCUCUAAAAGCCCCGACUGGCUCGAAAACUGUCUUAUUACAAGGACGUCGUAACGCUAGAGAAGCAGUGAAACACUUUGGAUUAGCUCCAGGAGUGCCUCACAGUCACGCUAAGCCUCUGGUGCGUUCCAAGGGACGUAAAUUCGAAAGGGCUCGUGGUCGCAGGCGUUCAUGCGGUUACAAGAAGUAAACAAGGACUACUAGUGAUAGUUUUAUGAAAUUUGUUCAUAAUUUAAUAAAAACGCUUGUUGGUGACGAGAAGUUACAGUUUUAUUUCAGCUUUUUUAUCUUGUUUGCUUACACAUGAAUUACGAAAAAUAUAAAAUCUUAAAGGUUUUUUGGCCCACUCUGUUUCAACUUUGUCAAUACCUAUUCUAGAAGUUUUGAUAAUGAGGUUGUUUGCUUUAUCAAAGCUUGGAUCGUGUUCCAACCACAUCAUACAAUUUUCUGUAUCUGCUAAAUCCAAUUUAUUGCAAUUAGUUUUUUUAAUAUCCAUUGCAAUGCACAGCUUUGAAGGACCAUUACAAAGAAAUUCUGGCUUAUUGAUUUGCUUCUUGUUUUUAACUAAAAAUUUUUUAAUCUUGUAAAAAUUGAAAUUUUCAGGUUUAAAAUUUACUUUUCCUGAAUUGUUCCAUGGUUUCUAAGCCUUCCAGAGGUUCCAAAGCUCUUAGCAAUAUAGCAGCUCCAGGUUCCUUGCUCGAAAUGUUGAAACAAAAAUACAUUCCAUAGGUUUGGUAGACGUAAGAGGUUCCUGCUGGCAUAUACAUUGGUUCGUUUCUUGGUGUAUGUCUGGAAAAAAAAUUCCAAUAACUAAAUCUCAAAGUUUAAUUUAAACAUGCUAUGUAUUUGAGACCAUAAUCUUCAAUAUACACCAUGAUUUACGUAGCCUGUGCGUUAGAAGUUGUCCAGUUUGCAGGUGGAUUAGUAGAAAUAACAUCUAAUGCACGGGCUACGUAAAUUACCCUGUAAGUAUACUAUAAGAAAUUUGAGAAAAACUGUUUUUUUGUUUAAUAUUUGUCCAUUCCAGGCUCUUGAUUUUUUUUUUUUUCCCAGGCACUUUAUUCUUUCAAUUAGAAAAUUUGGGAAACGCCUAUAUUCAAGAGGAUCCAAUUUAUAUAAAAAUUUGGGUUGGCAAAAACCUGGGUUCUUUUGGGUUUUAACGGUUCAUAGUUUUUAUGUUACUUAGCUAGAGAUAAUUAUAUAAUGGUUUCAAGCCUUUUGUACCUGAGAAGCUUCAGUACCUAUUGAAUUUAUCAAACAUUGAAAAUUGUCCAAAAAUAACACCAAGACACUUUUUGUCUCACAGUUGCGAUAAUUUUCAUCCGAUUUCAAUGUAAUUAAGCUCUUAUUAAAGCUAACUAAAUUCUCUACAAACAAACCUGUUUAUUAUAAUUUAUAAUUUGGUGUCAACAGUUUUGUACCUAAGUAGCUUCAAUAUUGAAUUUAUCGAACAUUGGAAAUUUUCCAAAAAUGACACUAAGACAGUUUUUGCCUCAUAGCUUCUUCAAUUUUCAUACGAUUUCAAUGUAAUUAAGCUCUUAUUGAAACCAAUCAAAU